AUGUCGGUCACCGUCGAGCGGGAGUUUGAGGAGCUGGAUGCCCAGAAUCGCUGGCAGCAGCUGUACUUGGAAAUGCAGAGAGAGUCUCUUUCUUUUCCACAUGAAGUUACAAAAUAUAAAUUAAGAAAUAGAAAUGAGUACAGAGACGUAUCCCCUUAUGAUCACAGUCGUGUUAAACUGCAAAAUACUGAAAAUGAUUAUAUCAAUGCUAGUUUGGUUGACAUAGAAGAGGCACAGAGGAGUUACAUCUUAACCCAGGGGCCUCUUCCUAAUACAUGUUGUCAUUUCUGGCUCAUGGUUUGGCAGGAAAAGACCAAAGCAGUUGUCAUGCUAAACCGAGUUGUAGAGAAAGAAUCGGUUAAAUGUGCACAGUAUUGGCCAACAAAAGAUGACCAAGAGAUGAUGUUUAAAGAAACAGGAUUCAGUGUGAAGUUCUUAUCAGAAGAUGUGAAAUCAUACUAUACAGUACAUCUACUACAAUUAGAAAAUAUCAAUAGUGGUGAAACCAGAACAAUAUCUCAUUUUCAUUAUACCACCUGGCCAGAUUUUGGAGUCCCUGAGUCACCAGCUUCAUUUCUCAAUUUCUUAUUUAAAGUAAGAGAAUCUGGCUCCUUGAACCCUGAGCAUGGGCCCGUGGUGGUUCACUGCAGUGCUGGCAUCGGGCGAUCUGGCACCUUUUCCUUAGUAGACACCUGUCUUAUUUUGAUGGAAAAAGGAAAUGAUAUUAACAUUAAGCAAGUGUUACUGAAUAUGAGAAAAUACCGAAUGGGACUUAUUCAGACACCAGAUCAACUCAGAUUCUCAUAUAUGGCUAUAAUAGAAGGAGCAAAGUUUAUAAAGGGAGAUUCAAAUAUACAGAAACAGUGGAAAGAACUUUCUAAGGAAGAUUUGUCUCCUGCUUUUGAUCAUUCCCCAGCCAAAAUAAUGACUGAAAAAUACAAUGGGAACAGAAUAGGCUUAGAAGAAGAAAAACUUACAGGUGACAGGUGUACAGGACUGUCCUCUAAAAUGCAAGAUUCUGUAGAGGAAAAGAGUGAGAGUGUUCUACGGAAACGUAUUCGAGAGGACAGAAAAGCUAACACAGCUCAGAAGGUGCAACAGAUGAAACAGAGGCUAAAUGAGACUGAACGAAAAAGGAAAAGGCCAAGAUUGACAGACACCUAAGUGUUCAUGACUUGAGAAUAUUCUGCAGCUAUAAAUUUUGAACCAUUGAUGUGCAAAGCAAGACCUGAAGCCCACUCCGGAAACUAAAGUGAGGCUUGAUAGACCUAUAGAUUGCCUCACAGCUGUCUGUUUACAAAGUAAACUUUACAUCCAGGGAAUGAAGAGCACCCACCAGCAGAAGACUGCAAAAUCCUUUAAUUUGAUGUUUUAAGUGUUUUUUUAAUAUGUGUAUGAAUUGUAGAAAGAUGUAAAAGAAAUAAAUUAGGGGAGACUACUUUGUAUUCUGCCAUUCCUACUGUAUUUUUAUACUUUUUGGCAGCAUUAAAUAUUUUUAUUAAAUAG